CAGUGCUGGACCUAGCCAAGUUUUUGCGUACCUGAGGAGAAAAUAUUGGAUCCUCAAGGGGAGAAGUAAAAUCAAGUCAGAGUUAAACCACUGCCUUUCAUGUCAAAAAUGGAGAAAAGAACCAGGAAUCCCAAAGAUGGCUGACCUUCCUAAAGCUAGACUGCGUGUUCGAGAACCAUCAUUCUAUUCUACGGGCAUGGACUGUUGGGGACCCAUGACAGUUAAAGUACGUAGAUCCCAAGAGAAGCGUUGGGGUAUAAUCUUUAAAUGUUUGACGACAAAAGCUGUCCACCUGGAGAUUAUCAGGAACAUGAAUACCGAUGAAUUUAUAAUGGCAUUUAGAAGGUUUGUGUCCAGGAGAGGAGUUCCAAAAGAACUGCACUCAGAUUGUGGAACCAAUUUCAAGGGGGCUGAGCGUGAGCUACAUGAAUGUUUUAAGGCCAUGAGUCCAGAACUACAGGCAAAAUUGGCUCACCAACAAGUCGAAUUUAAAUUUAAUCCGCCAAACGCACCCCACUUUGGAGGCAUCUGGGAGCGAGAAAUAAAGUCCAUAAAGAAUGCCAUAAAGUGCUGCCUCAAAGAUCGAGUAGUCACGGAAGUCGUUCUUCAGACUGUCAUUGUGGAAGUAGAAAGCCUUAUGAAUUCCAAGCCUUUGGGAUACGCCUCGUCAAAUAUUUCUGACUCCGACCCAAUCACUCCGCAUAUGUUACUUAUGGGUCGACGGGAUCCUGCCUUGCUAUUCGUAUCAACUAACGCGACAGAAGAAAUUUGUAGCUGAUUAUUUGCCGAGUCUGCAAAUCAGAC